AAAAUGUCAAAGGGAUUGUGACAAGUGUCAGACAAUCAGCGUCAACGAGUUGUUGGGCUGAUGAUAUAACUUUUGGAAUUAUUAACAAAAACUCGGAAAAAGGGGCAACAAUGAGCAGCUCACUCAGUAAAAUAUUCGCCUUAUCCAAAGCAGGUAGCAAGCUAGUGAGGCCCAGCCUCACUGUCCUAAGCCGCAGAGCUGUAGGAAGUGAGGCAAAGGACGGCUACAUUUAUGUUAACGACCAGGACCCUUCCAUGGAUCUUAAGGAAGUCACAGAUAGAGCGGCCCUGACAAUGUUUUGGACUGAACUAAUUAGGGGCCUGGGCAUAACUCUGGCGCACAUUUUCAAAGAGCCCGCCACGAUAAACUACCCGUUCGAAAAGGGGCCGCUGAGCCCCCGAUUUAGAGGCGAACAUGCUCUCAGGCGAUACCCAUCUGGUGAAGAAAGAUGUAUUGCGUGCAAGUUAUGCGAAGCCAUUUGCCCUGCCCAGGCGAUCACCAUUGAGGCGGAGGAACGAGCGGAUGGAUCGCGUAGAACCACCCGUUACGACAUAGACAUGACCAAGUGCAUCUACUGCGGCUUUUGCCAGGAGGCCUGUCCGGUGGACGCCAUUGUGGAGGGCCCCAACUUUGAGUUCUCCACCGAAACUCACGAGGAAUUGCUGUACAAUAAGGAGAAGCUGCUGAACAAUGGGGACAAAUGGGAGUCGGAAAUUGCGAGCAAUAUUCAUGCCGACCAUUUGUACCGCUAAGGGGGUUGUUGUAGUCGGAUUGUUUAAUUGGUUAAAGAUGUAAUAUAGAAAACUGGAAACCCGGUAA